GGUCGCCGGCGUUCCGGAGCCCAGACGCAGCCUCUGCGUCGCCAGGCACCUUCUGUUCGGUCAGCGGCGUGAAGGUCUCGCCGCAGCGUGUCGUCCGCGCCGCUCGGCCCGUUGUGAGCCCGUGUGCUCGCCAGGUCGGCCGGCCGGCGCAGCUCCAGCCCGUAUCCCCCGGCUGGUCCGGGGGGGUCCGGGCACCGCCUCGACGGCGACGCCGCCGGACGCGCGGACUGGACCGCAGCCCGCACCCCGAGCGGACGGCGUCAUGAGGCACCUGCCGUACUUCUGCCGCGGGCAGGUGGUGCGGGGCUUCGGUCGCGGCUCCAAGCAGCUGGGCAUCCCUACAGCUAACGUUCCUGAACAAGUAGUAGAUAAUCUUCCAGCUGAUGUAUCCACUGGCAUAUGUUAUGGUUGGGCCAGUGUUGGAAGUGGAGACGUCCAUAAGACGGUGGUGAGCAUAGGGUGGAACCCAUACUACAAGAAUACAAAAAAGUCCAUGGAAACUCAUAUCAUGCAUACUUUCAAAGAGGACUUCUAUGGGGAAAUUCUCAAUGUGGCGAUUGUUGGCUACCUCACACCAGAAAAGAACUUUGAUUCUUUAGAGUCACUUAUUUCAGCAAUUCAAGGCGAUAUGGAGGAAGCCAAGAAACGACUAGAGUUACCAGAACAUUUGAAACUCAAAGAAGACAAUUUCUUCCCGGUUCCUAAAAGCAAAAUAAUGAAUGGCCACUGAUGGAAAAGCAUCUUAUUUAUUCAUUCACUAUUUCCUAAUAUUUUACUGCUCAUAACUCUACAGUCUCAUCUUGGUUAUAUUUAAAAAAUCAAACAUUUUCCUACAGCUGUGAAUUAGUUUAAACAGUAUAAUGUAGUUACCAUAUUAUGUUCCAACUGUUCAAUUAAACCCAUCAUGUUACAGUACUAAAAAGGUUCAUUUUAAAAAUCAAGAUUCUAUUUUAUAUAAUAUGUUGAUUAAAAUGUACCACUAGAAAGGUCUUAAGUGUUUUAUAAUGGAAAUGAAAUAUAUAUAAAUAUGGGUAACAGGCAAGUCAUUAGUUUUAGAUGAGAACUAUAAUUCUCAUGGUAAAAUUCUAGCAUGCAUGUACCUGCAUAGCAUGCUUUGCUAAUCAGAAGGCUUAUAAAAGUAACUAUAUUAAGCAGAAGUUUGACAGUUUAUUACAAACCUAAGGGGAAAAAUCCAGACUUCGUAUUUUUGAUAUUUUGUGCAUUUAUAUAUUAUUAUAGACAUGAAGACUUGAGAAAUUUCAUUUUAAUUGGUCAUUUCCUUAAAGGGCUCAAAUCACUGUACUGUGUUCC